AUGUCUGUACCUACCUUAUCUAACAAACCAGAAAAUAUUGAUUUGCUUGUAUUAGGACCAGGAGAAAAAAAAGUUAAAUGUAUAAUUUCUGAAAGGGGUGAUUGUAAUAUAUUUAUAAUCAAAUUAGAAGAUCACACAUUAGGAAAUUUAAUAAAACAACAACUUUGUCAAGAUCCUAAAGUUACUUUUGCGGCAUAUAGACAACCACAUCCUCUUGAAAAUUCGAUUGAAAUAACAAUUAAACCAAAAGGAUUUGCAGGAGUUAAGCUUCUUUCUGAAAAUAUAAACAAUUUAUUAUCUCAAGUUUCUAAUUUAAAAGAAUCAUUUAUAAAAAAAGUUCAAAAAUAUAAAGAAAAGAACUCUUACUACGAAGAGUAUUGA